AUGGCACCCCCAAUCACACUUCUGCUCACAGCUCCACCUCUCAAAACACUUGUGGGCUUUGGGAGAGCUCCUGGUCACCCAUCUCUCACAUCUCCUGGUCACCCACCUCUCACAGCUCCUAAUCACCCACCUCUCACAGCUCCUGGUCACCCACCUCUCACAGCUCCUGGUCACCCACCUCUCACAGCUCCUGGUCACCCACCUCUCACAGCUCCUAAUCACCCACCUCUCACAGCUCCUAAUCACCCACCUCUCACAGCUCCUAAUCACCCACCUCUCACAGCUCCUGGUCACCCACCUCUCACAGCUCCUGGUCACCCACCUCUCACAGCUCCUGGUCACCCACCUCUCACAGCUCCUAAUCACCCACCUCUCACAGCUCCUAAUCACCCACCUCUCACAGCUCCUAAUCACCCACCUCUCACAGCUCCUAAUCACCCACCUCUCACAGCUCCUAAUCACCCACCUCUCACAGCUCCUAAUCACCCACCUCUCACAGCUCCUGGUCACCCACCUCUCAGAGCUCCUAAUCACCCACCUCUCACAGCUCCUAAUCACCCACCUCUCACAGCUCCUAAUCACCCACCUCUCACAGCUCCUAAUCACCCACCUCUCACAGCUCCUGGUCACCCACCUCUCACAGCUCCUGGUCACCCACCUCUCACAGCUCCUGGUCACCCACCUCUCACAGCUCCUGGUCACCCACCUCUCACAGCUCCUAAUCACCCACCUCUCACAGCUCCUAAUCACCCACCUCUCACAGCUCCUGGUCACCCACCUCUCACGGCUCCUAAUCACCCACCUCUCACGGCUCCUAAUCACCCACCUCUCACAGCUCCUGGUCACCCACCUCUCACAGCUCCUGGUCACCCACCUCUCACAGCUCCUGGUCACCCACCUCUCACAGCUCCUGGUCACCCACCUCUCACAGCUCCUGGUCACCCACCUCUCACAGCUCCUGGUCACCCACCUCUCACAGCUCCUGGUCACCCACCUCUCACAGCUCCUGGUCACCCACCUCUCACAGCUCCUAGUCACCCACCUUUCACAGCUCCUAGUCACCCACCUUUCACAGCUCCUAGUCACCCACCUCUCACAGCUCCUAGUCACCCACCUCUCACAGCUCCUAAUCACCCACCUCUCACAGCUCCUAAUCACCCACCUCUCACGGCUCCUAAUCACCCACCUCUCACGGCUCCUAAUCACCCACCUCUCACGGCUCCUAAUCACCCACCUCUCACGGCUCCUAAUCACCCACCUCUCACGGCUCCUAAUCACCCACCUCUCACGGCUCCUAAUCACCCACCUCUCACGGCUCCUAAUCACCCACCUCUCACGGCUCCUAAUCACCCACCUCUCACGGCUCCUGGUCACCCACCUUUCACAGCUCCUAAUCACCCACCUCUCACAGCUCCUGGUCACCCACCUCUCACAGCUCCUAAUCACCCACCUCUCACAGCACCUGGUCACCCACCUCUCACAGCUCCUAAUCACCAACCUCUCACAGCACCUGGUCACCCACCUCUCACAGCUCCUGGUCACCCACCUCUCACAGCUCCUGGUCACCCACCUCUCACAGCUCCUAGUCACCCACCUCUCACAGCUCCUAAUCACCCACCUCUCACAGCUCCUAAUCACCCACCUCUCACAGCUCCUAAUCACCCACCUCUCACAGCUCCUAAUCACCCACCUCUCACAUCUACGGCUACUGAUCACCCACCUCACACAGCUCCUGGUCACCCACCACACAGGUCCUGCCCCCCAGUCACCCACCUCACACAGGUCCUGGUCACCCACCUCAUGCAGAUCAAACACACAUCACAUAGGAUGUUGUAA